AUGGGUCUCAAACCGUAUAUGGGCCUUCGUGGCAAUGCUCUGCUUCGGGCUGCUGUCAUGCUGGUCGUGUGUCCGACAUUCACUUGCUAUGGAUACAACAUGAGUGUUGCAGGAGGACUGUUGACAUUGGACACUUUCAAUAGUCAAUUUCCUAGAAUGGACACGCUGCAUGGUGACGCAGCUACCAAGCAUGAAAAUUCGACAAUUCAAGGCACAGUGAUCGCCCUCUAUACGGCUGGAGGUAUUUUCGGUGCUUUGUCUUGCAUCUACCUCGGUGAUCUUCUCGGUCGAAAGAAGGUCAUUUUCUUCACAAAUCUCAUUGCUGUUAUUGGUGCCACUCUCAUGGCCACAUCCUUUCAAUUUGCACAAUUCAUUGUUGCCAGGUUGAUCCUGGGCUUGGGAAUUGGUGGUUACCUUGCGACAGUUCCUGUCUGGCAGUCAGAGAUCUCUCCAUCACACAAGCGGGGGUCAAAUGUCGUCACAGAUGGUAUCUUCGUAGGCAUUGGUGUGACUAGUGCACUAUGGAUCGAUCUUGGCUUCUACUUCAUCAAAGGCAGCUCGGUGUCCUGGAGAUUCCCUCUUGCUUUUCAGAUCGUGCUCUCCCUCAUUGCAAUGGUCUUCAUAAACCUCAUGCCUGAAUCACCUCGCUGGCUGAUCAAGAAAGGCCGACGUGAAGAGGCUCGAGAGGUUCUUGAAGCUCUUCUCGAUGUCGAGCACAAUUCAGAGAUCGUGACCAACAACAUCUACGAGAUCGAAGCAUCCCUGGCUAAAGCCGGAUCUGGAUCCUGGCGUGAUAUGUUCACCAUGGGUGAACAACGACUAUUCCACCGUGCCUAUCUCGCUGCCACUGGCCAGAUGUUUCAGCAGAUGUGUGGUGUGAAUCUCAUUACCUACUAUGCAACCACGAUCUUCCAGCAGUAUCUUGGUAUGAAUGCCGUCAACUCCCGUAUCCUGGCUGCUGCAAUGGGUCUUACCCAGCCGCUGGGCGGUAGUUUGGCCUAUUUCACCAUCGACCGUCUUGGUCGACGCCCACUCAUGUUAUGGAGUGCUGGUGCCAUGUCAGUAUGUAUGGCGAUUCUUGCCGGUACAACUGGGCAAGAAGGUAAUACAGCUGCGCUGGUUGUUGCUGUGGUCUUCCUUUAUGCUUUCCAAUUCAUUUUCACCGUCGGCUACUCAGGCCUCACAUUCCUCUACGCGGCUGAGAUGGCCCCUCUUCAAGUCCGCGCUGCUGUGAACGCAGUAUCGACCGCCACUGUAUGGACCUUCAACUUUCUAUUAGCUGAAAUCACACCGGUCGGGUUCGAUACAAUCUCAAAUCGAUACUAUAUCAUCUUCGCGGUGACAAACGCAGCUAUCGUGCCCUGCGUUUACUUCUUCUUCCCAGAAACCAAGGGACGCACUCUCGAAGAGAUUGAUGAAAUCUUCGCUCAAUCGAAGUCCAUCUUUGACCCACCCCGUGUCGCACGUCGCAUGCUACAGGUCCAGGUUGGUCAGGCUCAAUCUGACAGUGGCGAUAACAAUACCUCUGGUGAUGAAGCUGUAAAGAUGAAGGUAUAA